AUGUCGUCUUUUCGACUGCUACUGGCCACAUCGGUUGAGCUAGGACUCACAGUCUACGGUGGAGACAUCAAUACUGCGUAUCUAAACGCUAAGCUAGAGAUCGAGCAGUACGUUCGGCAGAUAGAAGGAUUCCCGUGUGAAAGCCAAGGUCAUGUCUACGUGGUGAAGAAAGCCCUCUACGGCUUGCGGCAGUCUGGACGCGAGUGGAACUCGGAGAUCAACGGGUGGCUCCUCGAACGUGAUUUCCAGCGGUGCUCUACAGAGCCAUGCCUCUACUAUAAGCUGGACGGAGAGCGCAUCGUGUUCGUCUUGGUGUAUGUCGAUGACAUACUCUGUGCCACCAACGACGAAGCCUUUAAGGUCCAUUUCUUCCACGACCUGGAUGCUGCGUACGGCUUGAAGGAUCAAGGGGAAGUGCAUGAGUAUCUCGGUGUUGAAGUCACACAGACUGGUGAAGCAAUCUGCAUUUCUCAGCGUAAGUACGCUCGUGAAAUCCUCGGCAAGUACGUGCACGACGACACCAAGCACUGUGGAAACCCAAUGGAAACUAAUGCCAGACUCGCUCCAGCAACCAAGAAUGACAAUAUCGACUCGAGUUUUGACUACCGUGGCGCGUUGGGCAUGUUGAUGUACCUGGCUACCAGCACUAGGCCUGAUCUGGCUUACUCGCUCGGCCAGCUAAGUCGGUUCGUUGCCAAGCCUUCCUCGAAGCACGUCGGGGCGAUCAAGCGUGUGCUUCGCUAUUUGAUCGGCACGUGCGACUACGGCAUCAAGUACACCAAGCGUGGAAGGGAUGAAUCGGAUCGUGUAAUUACGCUGAGCGGGUUCUGCGAUAGUGAUUGGGGAAGCGAUCCAGAGACGCGGAAGAGCACUAGUGGCUCAGUGUUUACGCUGGCGGGUGGUGCAGUGGCGUGGAUGUCACGCCGUCAACCGAUCAUCGCCUUGUCCACGGCAGAGGCCGAGUACGUGGCAGCGUGUGAGGCCAGUAUGGAGGCGAUGGCCGAGAGCAAUAUCCUCACAGAGAUAUUGCCAUCCUACACAAUCAAGCCGGUCAUCGGAAUCGACAGCAGUGCCGCGCUCACGAUGGCCACAAACCCAACGUACAGCAGACGCACACGCCACAUCGAACUUCGCUGGCACUACGUGCGCGAGCAAGUACAGCGUGGGUCGAUCGCGCUGGUCAAGGUCCGUGGAGAAGAGAAUCCAGCUGAUGCUUUCACGAAGCCGCUGGACAAGACGCGUCUCGAGUCACUCGGCGCGUUGAUGGGCAUCACUACGGUGGCCUGA